ACUUUUAAAGACAAGUUAAGACUGAAAGAAUUUUGAAAAUAUAAUUGAUUUAAAUGACUGAAAAAUAAUUUUAAACAUUUGAUUUGUGCUUGUAUUUUAAAAGUGAUAUAUUUUGUACCGGUAUUUAGUACAAAAAAUUAAAUAUGGCACAGUUUAACUACCUUAAUGAAUUAAAUAGUUUAGCGACAAUAGACGGGCCCAUAACUCGUGGGCCACUACAACGAUGGGUUAAAAAGAGUAAUAAUGAAAAUCUAAAUCCAUCUUUAAGUACAUCUUUUAAAAAUAUAUCAAAUAUAAACUUAAGUUCGUGUAAUCAAUCUAUGCAAAAGUUGUCAGUUUCUAGUAAUCAAAGUUAUAACAAUGUUUUGUCUAAUAACAAAACACCGCCUAGAAAUGAAAAUAAAAAAGGCAAGAAAACUCCUUCUAAAAACAAAUCACCAGGUCGAUCAACAACACCUACACCAAAUAAAGCUUCAAAGACUCCGAACAAAGCAGAUAGAUUUAUCCCUUCAAGAAGUAACUCAAAUUUUGAUUUAUGUCAUUAUAUGUUAAGUAGGGAAGACGACAAAGGUGAAGAAAUUGUUGCUCAAACAGCUGCCAGUGAAGCUAUUGGUCGCGCACUUACCGAUACUGAGCCAGGCCGACUCUUACAAUACACUUGUAAGGCCCCUGCCGCUCCUGAAGGGUACCAGAACAGGCUCAGAGUGGUAUACUCACAGGCUAAAGUACCAUCGACAGUAAAAAAUACAACAAGAUACAUUCCACAAGCACCAGACAGAAUUUUGGAUGCACCUGACAUUCUGGACGAUUAUUACCUUAACUUAGUUGACUGGAGUGCAUCCAAUAUACUAGCCGUUGCUUUAGGAAACUCAGUAUAUUUAUGGAAUGCUGGAACUGGUCAAAUUGAACAGCUACUGACAUUGGAAGGAUCAGAAACCGUUUGUUCGGUUGCAUGGGUACAAGGAGGCGGUUCUCAUUUAGCAGUUGGUACAUCUGCGGCUACAGUUGAACUAUGGGAUUGUGAAAAGAUUAAAAGAUUGAGAAUAAUGGAUGGACACACUGGUCGGGUGGGUUCACUCGCGUGGAACCUUUAUGUGGUGUCUAGUGGCGCACGUGACGGUAAUAUUGUUCAUCACGACGUGCGACAACGCGAACACGCAGUCGCGUCGUUUGCCGCGCAUACGCAAGAGAUAUGUGGUCUAAAGUGGUCGCCAGAUGGUAAAUAUUUAGCAUCCGGCGGUAACGAUAAUCUGCUGAAUAUUUGGCCUGUCAACCAGGGCCAGCACUACUCUCAGCCACAGCAUCUGUACUCUUUCAAUCAACACUUGGCAGCAGUGAAAGGUCUAGCAUGGUGUCCAUGGAGCGCGGGCAUCCUGGCUUCAGGCGGUGGUACUGCCGACAGAACAAUACGUAUCUGGAAUGUGAAUACUGGGACCAAUGUGAACACAGUAGAUACUAAGUCUCAGGUGUGCUCAAUAGUGUGGAGUACGCACUACAAGGAGCUGGUGUCGGGGCACGGCUACGCGCACAACCAGCUGGUGCUGUGGAAGUACCCGGCGCUGACGCGCGUGGCCGAGCUCAGCGGGCACGUGGCGCGCGUGCUGCACCUCGCCCUGUCGCCCGACGGCACCACCGUGCUGUCCGCCGGCGCCGACGAAACGCUGCGUCUUUGGAAAUGCUUCAUGCUCGAUCCUUCUAAGAAAAAAGAACCGACUGAUUCAAAGGCUGCAAAAUCUCUUCUAAAUAUGAACGCAUUAAUUAGGUAAUACAAAUUAGCUAGAUGUUAUUGAA